UAUUCCGUCUACAACUGGCGAUUAUUCAUCAUUAAUUGUGGAUUCGCCAUCAGAUACAAUGUAUCAUCGAACACAAUCACCCUCACCCUCACCAACAUCAUCAAUUUCAUUAAAUAAUCAUAUACAAGAACCACAACCAACAACAUCAUCCUCAUCUACAACAGCAUCUGUUCAUCAUGCUCAUCGACGUUCAUCACAUAGUAGUUCAUUUGUCGAUUUAAAUUCAUCAAAUAAUAAUGUUUAUCGUGAUCGUUUACGUUUUAAUACAUGGCCACGCCAUAGAAAAGAAAAA